CAAUCUACUUCAGAAAUUUCUUCGUUCACAAUUUCAAAACUUUCGGAGUAUUAUAACUUUUAUUGUAAUAAAUUAUUGCAAAAUAUCGAUAAGACAAAACAAAAUAAAGAAAAAAAUAUCAAAAAAAAUGGUUAUAAAAAACAAAAAACGGGUCAUUCAACAUUAAAAGAAGCCUCACAAAAUAGAGGCAAAGAAUUUGAAAAAAAAGUUGUCGUUCAGUUAAAAAAUGUAGACGACUACAAUAAAGCAAGCUAUUCUUUAGAAAUUUUACAAAAUGCUCAAAUAGGAAGAUUCCUAUACCAACUAAAAUUCGAAGUCCCAGAUGACUUAUACGAUAAAUUAGGAAUCAAGAACUAUAAGUUAAGACCAUUUAUUCCUGAUUUCAUAGAAGUUAUUGAGGAGGAUGGUGAAAAGCGUCUGAUGAUAUGGGAUGCUAAAGCGACAAAGGAAACACGCAUUUCGCAUCAGUUCCAAGUUACCACGUACGCUUAUAUUUUAGAUCAUAUAAUCAAAAAUCAUAUGUGCGAAAUUUCAAUUUCUCGAACAGGCGGAAUAUUUUUACCAUCAGCAGAUGGCUUAAAACUUCAUACGUUCUCUAUCGACCUGAUCCUUCCAAGAGUUAAACGGUUUUUAUGCAACGAACUUCCACAAAUAAUAUCAACUCCAGAAGUUUCAUGGCACUACAAUUCACAUUGUAAAACUUGCGAAUUUGUAAAUGUAUGUCGUGAUGAAGCAAAGAGGACAGUGGCCAUGAUCGCAUAUUCAUCCAUAGAAGAGGGGUUAUACUUGAAACAAAUUCUUCGAAAUGAAAGACGUGGUGAUAGACUAUAUAAACAUGAGCCAGAUAUUGAAGAAUUAGCUAGCUACAUAAAAAAUGGUCCAAAUGAUAACAAAGUAAAACAGAUUAUUAAAUAUGACAAAUAUAACAAAAAAUCACCGUAUCUUGAAUCUAAAUCAGGUGCCCAGUUUAUUCAUAUUCCAACAGCAACCUUUCCUCGGCGAACCGAUCACAAUCUUGUAAUUGCAAUGUCUUUGGAUAAUUUUGUAUCACGUCCUUUUAGUUGGUCUAUAUGUCUUUAUGCUAGUAAUGGAAAUAUCAUAAACCAAUUUAAGUAUGCUAAAUCCAAUUCCAAAUCUGAAAAUGAAACAUUAUCAUCAUUUAUUUCUUUGAUGAGCGAAUUUAUUACAUGUUUAGAAAGGACGUUCAAUUUUCUAAGCAAGAACAAUUCCCGUGCAUGUAUAUUUGUUUAUUCUGAAAAAGAAAAGAUUGCAAUUCAAGACUCAUUACUUAAAUUAAUAACAUUAGAUCCAAAUCAAAUUUCUGAAAGUGACCAGCAUAAAGCAAUACUAUGUCUCUUUAAUAUUUUUGAAGAUUGUUCUCUCUUGUUAGCUACUGAGAAUGAUUAUUAUAAAAGUUCGGAACUUGCUGAUGAAUUUAGGGAGUUUCCUAGACUUAUUGUUCUGGAACAAUCAUUGAAAGAAAAUAUUGCAAUAAAUGUUCCCGGUUUUUAUCGAGUCACCGAUGUUUGGGAACAAAUGGUGAAACCUACUUUAAAAUACUAUCAAAAACCAAACGAUUUGGAAUAUUAUAUAGAUAAUAUUGAUCUCGAAGAUAUAUAUGCAACAUGGGUUUCUGCAACUGAAAACGAAGUGAUUAAUAAAAUUCUUUUCAUGAGAUCAAAAUUUGUUAAUUCUGUUAUUCAUGCAUAUUAUGCACUUCUAAACAAGUCGACAAAUGAUAUUGAAUCGAUAUUAUUAUUUUCCCCUCAAGCAUUUGUUGUUUCCAAUGUUCAAGCUAUUCAAGAUUUUAAGCAUCAUUAUUUGAGAAAGCUAUAUUUUUUUAAACAAUUUGAAGCAUUUACAUCAAGUUCUCAACAAAAAAGAGAUCGAUUAAAAGAUUUGGCUCAGGAAGAAGCUACGUGUAGAAUUAAGUUUGACAAAAUUAUAAGUGAUCCUAAUAAAUCUAAAGAAUUAACAGCUCAAUUCAAUGUUUGCAACGAAGAUUCCUUCACGUUCAAAAAAACCAUACUCAAAGAAUUCAUUUUGGUUGAAGAUACUCUGCAGGGAACUCUUAAAGCUAUCCGUUUCUCUGAUAUAAAAUAUAAAAAUAAAAGCUAUGACUGUCAAUUGCCAAUUUUUUCUCUUGAUGAUGUUGAUAAUUGUUCCACAGGAAUUACUAUCCAAUUAAAAGGAAAAUUUACUGAUUUGGAGCUUAAAAAAGAUGCCACGUAUCGUCUAUAUAAAAGAUACUUGGAUCUCAACACUAAUAAGAUUUUAGAAAUGCUUAAAAAGAUUGAUAAGAAAGAAAAUUCUUUAUUUUUGAACAUAUUAAAAGAUCCAAAUACAUGGGGAUCCCCUUCAUCUGAAAAAUAUACUUAUUCAAAGGAAUUAAAGGACACUGCUUUGAAACUAUGCGAUAAAUUCUCCAUGUCUCCAUCGCAAAAAGACAUUGCAACCGAAUUGUUAGAAAAAAGGUUACAAAUUGUCUGGGGUCCACCAGGAUCUGGAAAAACUCAUUUUCUUGCGUUGUUUGUUACCUGGUACCUGACUGCUGUAAUACCUCGUACCGAAAAAAAAAAUUGUAUUAUUGGAAUUACUGCUUAUACCAAAUCCGCUAUAGAUAAUCUGUUAGAACGUAUUUCUCAAUUACGUAAAGAAACAAGUGAUUUUUCAAUGCUUCGGAUUACAAAUGAUAAAAAGUCAUUAAAGAAAUCGCUUGGUGGCAUAAAAGAUUGUAGGCCUAAGCAAUUGAAAAACAAAAUCAAAGGUGAUAAACCUAUCGUUAUCGGAAGUACAGUAUGGAAUUGGUAUAAGGUCCAUAACGAAUGUCGCUGUGAUAUUAUGAUUAUAGAUGAAGGAUCGCAGCUCCUGACUUCGGAUGCUUGUGUCGUCCUGGAAAUUUUGGAUCCGGAUCAUGGAAAGUUAAUUAUUGCUGGGGAUCACAUGCAACUUGGACCUAUCAUUAAAAAUACAUAUCCCACUUUUCCAGAUGAUCACCCUUUUAUUUUUGGAUCUAUUCAACAGUGUUUAAUGAGAAAAGAGAAUGGCACUUCCUUUAAUGAAGGUAAUUUUUUCCUGGAAAAAGGACAAAAACACGAAUAUGGUCCUUGCACACUUCAACUUAAGGACAAUUGGCGAAUGAAUGAAGAGCUCAACAGUUUUUUCCAAGAAAUAUAUGGUGAUAACUACAUUUCAAAAAAUCCCACUUUAAAACUGAAUUUGGAUUAUAAUAAAUUAUUAGAUCCGGAUAUAAGAAAGAUACUGUUUCCUGGAACAGCUAUAACUUUAGUAAAGUUAAUAUUAAAUAACCAUGAAAAAUCAGGAUUAUUAGCAGAAGCAGACAUUGUUUCUAAGAUAGUAUCGGGAUAUUUUGAUGCAAAUCAACAGCUAAAUAACGAUAACGAUAAACCAUCGUUGUUUAUUGUUACACCACAACAUAGUCAACGUCUUGCCAUCCAUUCUAAAGUUAAAACCUAUUUAGAAAAUCCUAACUUUAACUUAAAAAUAGAUACUGUCGAAAAAAUGCAAGGACAACAAGCAGACCUUGUCAUUGCAUGUUUCGGAUUUCAUAAUAUUAAUGAAAUUGCUCGAAAAUGCAAUUUCUUAUUCGAUCCAUAUCGUUGGAAUGUGGCUAUAAGCCGUGCAAGGUGUGUAUAUUAA